AUGGUCGGUGCACGAGGAGGUGGGAUCUCGAAGCCACCAGCAAAUAAACAGGACGACUUCGCCAAUUUCCUGGACGAGAUCAAAGAGCUGGAUGACCUGAAGUUCAAAGAAAAUGAGCCGCAGCCCACCAAGGCCGACGAAGCGAACAGCCCAGCCCAAAGCAAGGACGGACAAGAGGCAACAACCAGCGAUGAGAAGCCUUCGGAGGAAGAGGUGAAGGAAGAGGCGAAGAAAGAAGAAGCCGCCGAGAUCAAGGAUGAGCUGAAAGAUGAGGGGGAAGACGCGAAGCAGGAGGCCGAGGCCAAGGAGAUGAAAGCUGAAGAGGAGAUGAAGGAGGAGGAGGAGGACGAGGAGCAGGUGAAAGAAGAGGUAAAGGAGGAAGAUGUCGAGAUGCAGGAAUGUGCAGCAGAGAACCCGGUCAGCUUCAGCCCACAUCCCUAA